UCUUUUUUGGUUAUUUCUAUCAAUGUUAAUUAACUUACUCUUCAUUUUCUAAUUGGAACUAGAAUAAGAUAACAAAAGUAAUUAAUAAGUUAAACUGGGAUAUUAAAAGUAAUCUACGUAGAAACGGGCUUAAUGCCAUUUAAAUCACGUGGUCGUAUAACAAAUAAUAUUAAGGUCAUCACACAAUGUCAGGCAAAAAUUACUAAAGACACAGUCAACCCCUGAGACUUGUUUGGAAAUCGUGGUACUGUGUUCCCCAAGGGACAGAAAAAGCCAUAAGGAAAGAAGAAGAAGAAGAAGAAUGCCAGGCAACAGGCAAUAGGAAGUAUAGGGACAGGAAAUAAAGAGAAAAAGAGAGAAGAAGAUCCUUUCUCUCUUUGUCUCUUUUAUUAUUUCUGUUCCGAUUGCCUGUUGCUUGGCAUUGUGUGAUGGCCUUAAUAGCGUCUCCCCCGAACCCAGCUUAGGAAACACGAAAAGUAGGAAGGGGAGGGAGGCUCAGCUCAGCUUCAGCUGGCUUCAGCAUCGCUCAAUUGGAUCUUGGAUCAACGCAUCCAGUCAUCCAAAUCACCAAAUCUACAAUCCAGGGUGGGUGCCUCCUUGGGUCCGGGGAGGCUCCCGUCAUAGCCUAGAAUUAAUAAAGGUAGCAUCGUGACAUUCGUGACCUCAAUCACGUAAGAUCGGAAGUCCAAGGUAGAAGCGGAAGAGAAAGGGGAAGCGCAUAGUUAUUAUAAACAGGUUAGAGAUCGUCAAGAAUACGGAGAGCUCAGUGAUGACCUGGUGACACGUACAAUCUACGCAUCGAGACGGAGAAUUCACAUUCCGAUAUUAGGAACUCUGGAAAAUCAUCCGGAAGAUCUUGUCGCACUAUCUGAUCCUCAAGAUAAAUUUGGAAUCGCUUUCUCCCUCUCUCUUCGCCUGUCGAUCUGUCGACUCCAGCUUUGUUGCCGACAACCUUUGAUUCAGCUGAUUCAAGAUGUCUGAAAAACUCCCGAGUAAUCAACCGCAGCCCAUUGUUAAAAUAGGCCACUAUACAUUAGGCCAGACUUUAGGUGUGGGUACAUUUGGCAAAGUAAAAAUUGGGGAACAUGUUUUAACAAAACACAAAGUUGCUGUAAAGAUUCUGAAUCGUCAAAAAAUUAAGAGCUUGGAUGUUGUGGGCAAAAUUCGCAGAGAGAUACAAAAUCUUAAGCUUUUUAGACAUCCUCAUAUCAUUAAGCUAUAUCAGGUCAUAAGUACUCCCACAGAUAUAUUUAUGAUAAUGGAAUACGUCUCAGGAGGAGAAUUAUUCGAUUAUAUCGUUAAACAUGGCAAACUCAAGGAAUACGAGGCGCGACGAUUUUUCCAACAAAUCAUUUCAGGCGUCGAUUACUGUCAUCGACAUAUGAUAGUGCAUCGUGAUUUGAAGCCAGAAAAUCUUCUGUUAGAUCACAAUCUUCACGUGAAAAUUGCGGACUUCGGUCUGUCGAACAUGAUGAUGGACGGAGAGUUCUUGCGUACUUCGUGUGGCUCCCCGAAUUACGCUGCGCCAGAAGUGAUAUCCGGUAAAUUAUACGCCGGUCCCGAAGUCGAUAUCUGGUCGUGCGGUGUUAUAUUGUAUGCGCUACUUUGUGGUACCUUGCCAUUCGACGACGAACAUGUUCCUACUCUUUUCCGCAAAAUUAAAUCUGGUGUCUUUCCUAUUCCGGAAUAUUUGAAUAAGAGUGUUGUUAGUCUCUUAUGCCAUAUGUUACAAGUGGAUCCAAUGAAGAGAGCAACUAUCGAGGAUAUUAAAAAACAUGAGUGGUUUCAAAAGGAUUUACCAUCAUACUUGUUUCCAUCGCCUGUUGAGCAAGAUUCUUCAGUUAUCGAUAUAGAUGCUGUAAACGAAGUAUGCGAGAAAUUCAACGUGAAAGAGCCGGAAGUGCAUUCCGCACUGUUGGGCGGCGAUCCUCAUGAUCAAUUGGCAAUUGCUUAUCAUUUGAUCAUAGAUAAUAAGAGAAUCGCGGAUGAAGCUGCUAAGGCGGAAUUAAAAGACUUUUAUGUGGCAUCUAGCCCUCCACCAGUAGCGUUCAGCCCGAACGAGGCGAACAGCAGUCCAUUGAGACCUCAUCCAGAGAGAAUUGCACCAUACCGCGAACGUCAAGGUUCACAAGGUAGCGCACCUGCGCAGAUACAAGGCAAUCGUGGCACACCUGUGAAAAGGGCGAAAUGGCACUUAGGAAUCAGAUCCCAAUCGAAGCCCAACGACAUUAUGAAUGAAGUUUAUCGUGCUAUGAAGGCACUUAACUUUGAAUGGAAGAUCAUAAACACAUAUAGCGUCAGAGUGAGACAUAAAAACAAAUUAACCGAUAGAUAUAGCAAGAUGUCAUUACAAUUAUAUCAAGUCGAUCACAAGAGUUAUUUAUUAGACUUCAAAUCCUUAUCCAGCGAAGAGGAGGACUUUGGUCGAGAUCCAACAUUACCGCCUCCCCAAGCAACAGGCCACCACACAAUGGAAUUUUUUGAGAUGUGUGCAGCGUUGAUUACGCAAUUAGCACGAUAGCGUGCCUGCUUUUUUAAAAUUAUAUUAAAUCCUGUUACACACACACACACACACACACACACACACACACACACGCACGCACGCACACACACACACACACACACACACACACACACACACACACAAAAAAUGCUUUUAACAUUGUAUAGUUGAAAUAAAUGAAGGUACUGUAAAAUACAUUAUAUCACUAUUGCCCCUUUACAAAAUAAUUUCAGUAAAGGCUAUAUUUUUCGAGCUUGAUUUAUUUUUCUAAACGCUGAAAAUAAUCGUGUGAAAAAACACAUCUCCAACAAUAAUAUAGUUAUAGAAAUUAAUAAUAACAGCGAUAUCUACAUACGUAAUCAUUUAUUAUCGAGCGCUAUAAUUAAAUGUUACAUUAUUACAAUCUAUUAUAAAUUACAACACAAAUAUAUAUUUAUCUAAAUGAU